UAACUCUAACCAUGGAUGUGCGUAUUCUUUAUUUUCGCCUAUAUACCCACCUCUUAUACUGACAAGGGAGAAAAACCGGAGUCUGGACGGUUUGUUUGUUUCGCACAUCUCACUUUCUGGGUCGGAAAUGCCAAACAGGCCGCAUCAUAUUACUGCACCCGUUUUGGCUUCGAGCCCUUCGCGUACAAGGGGCUGGAGACAAACAGCCGACAGGUCGUCAGCCAUGCAAUCAAACAGAACAACUUCAUUGUAGAAAUGGGGCAACAUUUAGUAAAACAUGGAGAUGGAGUCAAAGACAUUGCGUUCGAGGUGGAAGAUCUGGAAGCAAUCUUCAAGAGCUCAACGGAGAGAGGCGCAGUGGUCGCACGUGAACCUUGGGAGGAAUCAGACAGCGAUGGAGUUGUGAAGUUUGCAACAGUUCAAACCUACGGAGACACAACACACACAUUUGUGGACCGGUCCAAAUACAAGGGCCCUUUUCUGCCUGGGUACAAGAUAAUUAAUGAAAAGGACCCUAUCUUACCCAACCUACCAGUUGUGAGCCUGAAAUUUAUUGACCACAUUGUUGGGAAUCAACCUCAAGACUGCAUGUUAAAUGUGGCUGAAUGGUAAGUACGCUGCCUACGAUUUAGAUCAAUAUGACCCUUGAACCUUGACACCAAAUUUUCGUCGCUCCGUUCCAUUGUGGUCACCAAUUACGAAGAGACCAUUAAAAUGCCCAUUAACGAACCGGUGGUCGGAAAGAAAAAGAGCCAGAUACAGGAGUACGUCGACUAUUAUGGAGGUGCUGGAGUACAACACAUAGCUCUCAACACGGACGAUAUCAUCAAGUCAGUUCAAAACCUACUCCUUCAUAAGCUCCAAAUCCUGAUAGAUUAUGACGACGAGGGUUACCUUCUUCAGAUCUUCAGUAAACCCUUGCAGGACCGUCCCACGGUUUUCAUAGAAGUCAUCCAGAGGCACAAUCAUUCUGGUUUUGGUGUUGGCAAUUUCAAGUCCCUGUUUGAAGCAAUUGAAAUUGACCAGGACAAGCGAGGCAACCUCUCGUAAGACGCACAGACAGAUUUUGAGGAGUAUGUGACAUGACCUGAAGAGUUUUGUUGUUGCGCUGGACUAGUGUAGGAUUAAGAUUUAGUGAAAGAUUAUGCCCAAGGGAUUUUUCCUACAUAAUAAUAUUAAUAAUAAUAAUAAUAAUAAUAAUAAUAAUAGUAAUAAUUAUAAUAAUAAUAAUAAUAAUAAUAAUAAUAAUAAUAAUAAUAAUCAUAAAAAAUCAUAAUAAAAAUGAUGGAAAUAAUAAAAUAAAAUUAUGAUAAUAGUAAUAGUUAUAAUAAUAAUAAUAAUAAUAAUAAUAAUAAUAAUAAUAAUAAUAAUAAUCAUAAAAAAUCAUAAUAAAAAUUAUGGAAAUAAUAAAAUAAAAUUAUGAUAAUAGUAAUAGUUAUAAUAAUAAUAAUA